UGCGGCGAUCACUGGCUGAACUCUUUUUAGGUAACAUCACCGGUAGGUAAUCUCACGCCAGAAGAUGGCUAUAAAUAAGGCUCCUCAGGCCCGAUCUCAAUGCGCUCUAUUCAAUAUUGUCGAAAGGCUUGCAAGUUUUCUUCCUUUGCUUCAAGAUGCAGAUCUUUGUUAAAACUCUCACUGGCAAGACCAUCACCCUUGAGGUUGAAUCCUCUGACACCAUCGACAAUGUCAAGGCUAAGAUCCAGGACAAAGAGGGAAUCCCUCCAGACCAGCAAAGGCUGAUCUUUGCCGGUAAGCAACUUGAGGAUGGCCGGACCCUUGCGGAUUACAACAUCCAGAAGGAGUCCACCCUCCACCUCGUACUUCGCCUUCGUGGUGGCAUGCAAAUCUUUGUCAAGACCUUGACUGGCAAGACCAUCACCCUCGAGGUGGAGAGUUCUGACACCAUCGACAAUGUCAAGGCUAAGAUUCAGGAUAAGGAGGGCAUUCCCCCCGACCAGCAGAGGCUCAUCUUUGCCGGCAAGCAGCUCGAGGACGGCCGCACCUUGGCUGAUUACAACAUCCAGAAGGAGUCCACCCUCCACCUUGUCCUCCGCCUCCGUGGUGGCAUGCAAAUCUUCGUCAAGACCUUGACUGGCAAGACCAUCACCCUCGAGGUGGAGAGUUCUGACACCAUUGACAAUGUCAAGGCCAAGAUUCAGGAUAAGGAGGGCAUUCCCCCCGACCAGCAGAGGCUCAUCUUUGCCGGCAAGCAGCUCGAGGAUGGCCGCACCUUGGCUGAUUACAACAUCCAGAAGGAGUCCACCCUCCACCUUGUCCUCCGCCUCCGUGGUGGCAUGCAAAUCUUCGUCAAGACUUUGACUGGGAAGACCAUCACCCUUGAGGUGGAGAGCUCGGACACCAUCGACAAUGUAAAGGCCAAGAUUCAGGACAAGGAGGGUAUUCCCCCGGACCAGCAAAGGCUCAUCUUUGCCGGCAAGCAGCUUGAGGAUGGCCGCACCCUGGCAGAUUACAACAUUCAGAAGGAGUCUACCCUUCACCUUGUGCUGAGACUUAGGGGUGGCAUGCAGAUCUUUGUUAAGACGCUUACAGGGAAGACCAUUACCUUGGAGGUGGAGAGCUCGGACACGAUUGAUAAUGUCAAGGCAAAGAUCCAGGACAAGGAGGGGAUUCCACCGGAUCAGCAGAGGCUGAUCUUUGCUGGGAAGCAGCUGGAGGACGGGCGCACCCUGGCAGAUUACAACAUUCAGAAGGAAUCCACCCUUCACCUGGUGCUCCGCCUCCGCGGGGGUCAUUAACCCUUUUGGGCUGUAUGUGUCCGCUGCUUUGCUGUCUUAGUGUUCUCUCUGUUGGUGUGCGUGGAAGUCCUAUCGGAGGUCUGAAGGAAUAAGCAUUGGUAUCGUUGGCAUGUAUUGUUGACAUCUUUGUUUGGUGAAUGUCUAUGGUUGUCUUGUGGAGUCUCUGGUGUUCUAUAACUUGUGUCAGUGCCAUUAUGUUUUUAUCGA